AUGCCGCUCUAUCAGCCACCUAUGCCCGCAUCGCCGUAUGCAGGCAACACGCCGGCAAUGGCAUCGCGACAGACGCCACGGGCAGCCGAAGCGGGAUGGCAGACGCAGCCACAGGGGCAAAGGCGGCGCGAAGACCCUUUGACGCACACUAACCGCGCGGCUCCGCCGAGAUCAGCAAGCAGACCAGGCCAAGCACCAGCCCAGGCCCCUGCAACGCAAAAGGAUCGACGUGAUGUGCGCAAUCCAUCGGCCGCUGGGAAAAUGAGUCCAGAGAUCGGGGCCUCGGGUCUGAGACGGCUUUUGCAGUCGCGGGAAAACGACUUGGUGCAAGCGGGCGAUCUGCUGGACACGUACCUUGGCAUCAUCCUCGGAGAUGCGAGAUCGAUCGCUGGUGCAAAUGCACAUCACAGACAUGCGGGCAAGGUCCAGUUCACUGCACAAGACGACGCACGCGUGCACGAUCUGUUGUCAAGUAGCCGGCAGUCGACGAGGUCAGAUCCGGUCGCAACACCACACCCCAGCACAGCAAGGGCUGCAAGGACUGCAAGUACAACAAGUACAGCACAAUUAGACAAUCCUCCCACUCCGGCCCCUGUUUUCGCCAACCAGGCACAUGCUUCCGAAACACCACAGCCUCCCAAACCUCGCACUGAUUUUCACACGCCAAGAAUACCGCUAAAUUCUUCCGUGACACGUCCCGGCACACACCCAGAUCCCGCGAACGCUCGAGGCGAGGCUGUGCUUUUCACUCCGCAUUCGGCGAAACGACAACAGCAUCCCGUCGGCCCGACGGACGACUUGCACGAAAGCUUCGGGGCUAGUUUUAACACGUUUGAUACUGCUCAUCAGCAUCCCUUCCUGGACCAGGAGAAUCAAGAAAACGAACGUAGUUUCAACCGUGGUCAUGCACAGCUUUUGCAGCGCAUCCACGCCUUGGAAGACAUGCAGGCGGAAGUGAUUACCAACGCAUCGCACGAUCGUCAGCAAGCGGAGCAGCUGUUGCGCGAGCAGCACCAUUCCGCGACGCAAGCACACGCGCAACUAGAGCAAGCAUACGACGAAAUGGAACACCUUCGAAGACAGCUCGCUCAACUCCAUCAGGAGCGGGACGAUGCACAAUCGAAAGUGUUUCAACUCGAAGACCUGCUAGCACGUGAAAAAGCAGAGCAGCUCGAAAACAUUCGCCUGUCAAAGAUUGCCCUCGACCUGCAACAACGCAAUGCACAGCUCCGGGCAGCACUUGUCGAGCGCUUUGCAGCACCCUUGCCUCCCGGUUUCAAUGUGACGUCUCUCAUUUCGAUCGAAGAUCUGGAGCAAAUCAUUGAUCGCAACAUUGUGGACGAGAUUCACAACCGUCGGCGCACUCGCGAUGGCGCAGCCGAAUGCAUUCGCGAUCUCCGCUCCUUGCUCCAAGUCUGCAGCAGCAUAACAAAGGGACAAGCUCCAGCUGCCGGUUUAUUGUUGGCGUUGAAUGACCCCGAAUCGACGAGAAUGAGACAUGAGCAAGUUCAAGCCGUCCCGUCAGAGGACGAGCCUUUGGACAGAUUGCUCAACGCGCUCCAAGUCUCGCGAGUCGAGCUCAACACUAUUCGGCGACAUGUUGCAGACGAGUAUGCUCGAUCACUAAGCCAGGACACUGCUCCUUCGUGCACACUACAAUAA